CAGGAAGAAAUGUCAGAAGGAGAGGAAUUAUCAUUAAUGAAGAGAGCAUGGAAAGAGAGCAAGCUAAUGUGGAUAGUGGCAGGACCAGCCAUAUUCACUAGAUUUUCAACCUUUGGAAUCAAUGUCAUCAGCCAAGCAUUCAUUGGUCAUAUUGGCUCAAAGCAACUCGCUGCCUUUGCUCUUGUAUACACUGUUCUCAUUAGGUUCGCUAAUGGCAUUCUGUUAGGAAUGGCUAGUGCAUUGGCAACACUUUGUGGACAAGGAUACGGUGCAAGAGAAUAUAGCAUGAUGGGAGUGUAUCUUCAAAGAUCAUGGAUAGUUUUAUUCGUAGCUGCAAUCCUUCUUCUUCCAGUGUUCUUCUUCACAAGCCCAAUUUUUAAGAUCUUAGGACAAGAAGAAAGCAUAACAAGAGUGGCAGGAACAAUUUCUCUCUGGUCAAUUCCUAUCAUGUUUGCUUUUAUUGUCUCAUUCACUUGCCAGACAUUCUUACAAUCUCAAAGCAAGAACAUUGUUAUUUCAUUCUUGGCAGCUUUCUCAAUAAUUAUUCAUGUACUCUUCUCCUGGCUUUUGACUAUGAAAUUCAAACUUGGGAUUACUGGUGCAAUGACAUCAACAAUUUUGGCAUACUGGAUUCCCAACAUUGGUCAACUUAUAUUUAUUACAUGUGGUUGGUGCUCUGAAACUUGGAAAGGUUUCUCAUUUUUAGCAUUCAAAGAUCUCUGGCCUUUUUUCAAGCUUUCCCUUUCAUCUGGUGCCAUGUUGUGCCUCGAGCUCUGGUACAACACAAUAUUGAUUCUUUUGACAGGAAACAUGAAAAAUGCUGAAGUUGAAGUUGAUGCCCUGUCUAUAUGCCUCAACAUCAAUGGAUGGGAAAUGAUGAUAGCUUUUGGCUUCAUGGCUGCAGCCAGUGUUCGAGUGUCCAAUGAGCUUGGAAGAGGGAGCUCAAGAGCUGCAAAGUUCUCAAUUGUUGUGACGGUGCUUACAUCAUUUACCAUCGGGUUCCUUCUGUUUCUAUUUUUCUUAUUUUUUAGGGAAAGGCUUGCUUACAUUUUCACCUCAAAUAAAGAUGUGGCCACUGCAGUUAGGGGUUUGUCACCUUUGUUGGCAGUCUCUAUACUACUAAACAGUGUUCAACCUGUACUCUCAGGAGUGGCUGUUGGAGCAGGGUGGCAAAGCAUUGUCGCAUAUGUGAACAUUGGCUGUUAUUACAUCAUUGGUAUUCCUGUAGGAGUUGUGCUUGGUAAAGUUUUUCAUUGGAAUGUCAAGGGAAUCUGGAUUGGAAUGUUGUUUGGAACGCUGAUUCAAACUAUAGUGCUAAUUGUAAUCACCUACAAAACUGAUUGGGACAAGCAGGUCACCAUAGCUCGUAAACGGGUUAACAGGUGGUCCAAGGUGGACCGCACUGAUCAAGAAACAGAAACAAAUACAUCAGUUAAUUAG